AUGUCUCAUGUUAGAAUAUUGAGCGAGAAUGCUAGUAAGCAACCAAAUGAUUCAUGUAGUAAACGAUAUGAUGCAAUAAUGAAAGAUCUCAACGAACUUCAGGAAAAUUUCUUCAAAACGGAUGUUGAAAGAUUAGUUGAGAAGGUUAUGAAGUUCUUUGACGAACAGAGUCAGUCACCUUUCCCUGUAAUUGCACAUAUUAUGCCACCUCAAGAUCUUUCUGAUGCUCUUCCGUUCAUUUCUGCUCUUAAAAAGAUUGAAGGCGUCGAAUUUGUCGAUCAUCAAAUGCAUCAUAUCCAAAAUAACAGAGUAAUUUUAUUCCACUGCACUCCACCGCCAUCAGAUAUACCAAGAGUUACAAUUUUCGAAAAAUGCUUUGAAUAUUCGAUUCUUUUUGAUAUAUUUGUCAGUCAAAUACUAUGCUUUUUAUUCCAUCGCGGUAUUUCACCAGAUCCUAAGAUUAUUGGCAUCCUUAAAUCGAUUAUUUCUGAUAGAUAUCCUUCAUUUACUUUCUUGUUCACAAUUAUCAGACAAUCCAUAUUUGAAUACAUAUCUUCGAAAGAUGAAGCCGAUUUAGUUAAUAUUAUUGACUUUAAUGACUUUUCUGAAGUUAAAAAUAUCCUUAAAGAAGAAGAUCUUCCAAUCAGCCUUUUAAUUAAACUCCGUGAAGAUGCCUUACAAGUUUCUUCUCAAUUACUUAUCUCAGAGCAAUUAAAUCCUUUCCUACUUAAAGAUGCAACAAAUUAUUCAUAUAUCUGCUCAUCAGAGCUCUUUGAAUCCCUCAAGACCGCACUUGCCUCCAAGGGAGAUGACUAUAUUCAGACAGCUUUUAAGAAUUACGGUUCAAUUAUCAAAUCUCUUCCAGAAUUACCGAAGAAAGAUACAAAUCCGAUCUCGAUGCAGCCACCAAAGACGAAAUCAUCGAGAAUGAAGCAGCUUAUGAACGCUUCUGCCAAUAGUACUGAAGGUGUUAACAGAUAUUCUGCUUUUAUGCAGAGGUUGUUUAUUGAUUUAGAUCCGUCUGCACCUAAUUACAUGCCUGUUUCUAAUUCUGCAACUUUUAACCCUAGAAAGUCAUUAAACGAGGCACUUUCGGAUCCAGAAAACAAAUCAGAUACGGCCAUCGCAUAUCAGAUACUUCAAGAGUAUGAGAAGUCAGUCUCAGCAUCAGAAUGGAUGCGUGCAUUCCAAGCGAAAGCGAAUAUUGAAGACAAAGCUUUGGCUUUAUCACGAUUCCAAGUUGCUGUUAGUGAAUUAGAAUAUUUAGGAUAUACAAACCAACACUCACGCAAGAAUGCUGGUUUCAGACAUAUUAUCAGAGUUUAA